AUGUUGGAUAAGGGACUAGUAGAUCAUGUUCUUGCCGAUAUCAAGACAUAUCUAAAGGGACGCUCCUGUCCACCCGGCACAGGGAAAUCAAGUUUGGCUUUUGUCAUUGCCAGUGAACUACAACUAGACAUCUACACGCUCAGUCUAAAUUCCUCAGGCCUUGAUGAAGAACAACUUGUUGCCCUGUUCCAUGCCAUCCCAAAACAUUGUAUUGUACUGCUCGAGGACGUCAAUUGCUCUGGUAUCUCUCGCGAACAUAGUGAUUCAGCAGCAAAUGCGGAAAUGAAAGAUAAGACCUCAGGCGGUUUGACUCUCUCUUCUCUGCUUAAUGCCCUCGAUGGCCCUGCGACACCAGAAGGUUACAUCCUGAUCGUGACCAUCAACUAUCGGGAGAAACUCGACAAGGCACUCAUCCGCCCUGGCUGGGUAGACAUGGAGGUUCCGUUCAGCUAUGCGGAUAAGGAUAUGAUCAGAGACCUCUUCAGCUGUCUGUACCUUGCCAUGGAAUUUACGAGUCAAGUUCCUGGGGGCAAGUUCACCGCUGCGGAGAUUCAAGGCUACCUUUUGCGACACAUGGGGAGUCCUGAGGAUGCUGUUAAGGGUGCCAAAAAAUGGGCACGAAACCUCCUCAGCGAGAAACAAGCUGGAUAG